AAUUCCGAAUAUCUAUUUUAUCUAACACUCCUGCAUAUUACUACAGCUGUUCAAAAAACAUGGAGGGUCAGUAAGGAAGCCGUGGAUGCUGGAAGUGCUCUUGUCCCAGAUUCAGUUCCACGCCCAAUUGCUAGGAUAGGCGUGACAUUUGUUGCCGUGUCUGUCGCCCUUUUUCUGCUCAAGUCCGUCAUUUCCACCGCAUUGUUUGUACUGGCGAUGAUGGGGCUUAUAUACUUCGCCUUCCUGGCGAUGAACCCGAAAGAGGGCUCCAGGAGCAUGGAUGAAGGAGACAGUCCUUCGUCGGACGACCCCGCCGAAGAAGCCCGUCGCAUAAUGGAGAAAUACAAGUGAAGAAGAGCCUUAUUAUGGUGAGUCUACUCUGAAGUCUGAAUAGGUAAACAGAGAAAUACCUGCUGUGGCCUUGGAUGGAUCUGGCUUUAGAUCAACAGAAGUGAAUUCUUUCGUAUGGCUACAUACUGAGCUUUGGGUUUUUCAGCAAGAUGAGUUGUUGUACAAUACUGUUAUUAUUAUACUGUAUAGUGGCUAGUGAUCUGAUUAUAAUGGAGCUGGGAUUCAGAGACAUGGCGGUGUGCCUUAAUUUUCGCUACUA